AUGGCGACCGAGCCAGCGCUUCCCCAAGGCCACGGCGAUGGCGAUAGCAUCGUAGACCGCGACGUCUGGCUGGCCUGCGCCGUCCCGUUCUCUCGCGUCCCUACCGUCGGCGCCGAGGUCUACUACUUUCCCGACGGCCACGCCGAGCAGCACCUGCUGGCGCCGCUCCCUGCGUCGCACCGCUUCCCCUGCACCUGCACCGUCACCGACGUGAGCCUCGGCGCGGAGGACAGGACGGACGAGGUGUUCGCCAAGAUCUCCCUCAGGCCAGGCCCCGCCGCCGCUUCUCGUCCGGAGCCCGGGCCCGGGCCCGGCAGCAGCAACAGCACGCGGCAGGGGCUCAGCUACUUCGUCAAUGAGCUCUUGCAUAGAGACACGAGUACCAGCGGAAUGUUCUGCAUCCCACGCUACUGCACGGAGCACAUCUUCCCCAAGCUCGACCUGAAUGCCAACCCGCCCGAGCAGGACCUCGUCAUGCGCGACACCAGGGGCAAACCGUGGCAGUUCCACCACAUCUACGUAGUCAAGAUACGCCAACACCGGCUCACCGCCGGGUGGAGCGAGUUCGUCGACGCCAAGCUGCUGGUGGCGGGGGACACCAUCGUCUUCAUGCGCCACCCCAACGGCGACCUCAUCCUCGGCCUGCGCCGCAAGGACCAGGACGUCAUGGAGGCCGCGCGCCUCGCCGCCGUGGGCAGGCCCUUCACGGUCACCUACUUCCCGAGACAGGCCGCCGUGGAGUUCGUCGUCCCGCACAGCGAGGUGGAUAGCGCGCUCGCCACCAGCUGGGAACGAGGCGCGCAGGUGGAGGACGAGAACAAGCAGCGCAGCGUGUGGGUCGACGGCCACGUCGUCAAGGCGAACCGCCAAAACAUCUGGCGGAUGCUCGAGAUCCACUGGUGGGGUGACUCACCUGCAUCUGCGUCACCACCGUCACGAGCAAUGAGCAGAUUUGUGAAUUUGCCGGACAAGAUCAAUGAUCAAAUGUAUACGAUUGAUCCAUAUGUGUGCCAGGUGAAAGAUCCAUAUUGA